UGUUCCAACGCUGCUCGGGAUGCCCUCAUGGGUCUGUUGACCACCACUGAAGCUCAGCAGGAAUAUUUGUGCACCUGCUGCCUCAGCGCCUGCAGCCGUUGCACCGGGGCCUAUAAAGUGCAGAAGCUGGACAGCAGCAACGUCCAAGAAAUUAUUUCAGGCAAGAUGAGCGAAUUCCAGGGUUCCGCCAGCACACUCUUCAAUGCCAAGGGGAUGAACGGUGACUACUUCACAGAGAUUUGGAGUGAAGCUGCCAAGUACUUCAACAUGGUAUGCCUGCCAGAUUGCACUGUGACCUAUAACUCCCUCAACACCACUUACAGAACCUGGACCUACACGAUGGCAGCCGACGACCCCUUUCAGCCGUACUGGUCCCUGCUCAACACUUCUGGCCCUGCGGUGAUCAAGGACACCAUUACGAACUCCUUCACUUUCAAAGCCUUUCCCACAAGCAUUUGUCCUUACGCUGCGUCGAAGUGCGUCCCAAUGCCAGGGGUGGAAUUUUCAGAGAUCAUGCAGCCCGGCGGAUGCCUGGAAGUUUCUGAGCUGGUGGAUGGAGUGAUGGCUGAAGCCCUUGAAAGCAUGAGUGCAGAUGCCUUCCAGACGGAAUUCGAAGGCCUGACGAGCUUCGGAACACUCUUUGGCGAAGCCUUGAAGACGGCAGACACCUUCGCGUGCGUGGCUGUCACUUGUGUGGUCAUCGCGUUGCUUUACAUGGUCCUCUUGCGCUUUCUGGUUGGGACCUGCGUUUGGCUGGCCCUGUUUGCAGUGCUGGUUCUCUUCCUCUUCGGGGGUGGUUUGUUGAUCGCCCGAUCCAGUCAAUGUCAGGGGGCGGAACUCUUUGACACCGGUUUCCAGAUGGCCGUGGCCACUACCACGUAUUUGGCCAGCAGCGCCACCAACGCUGUGAACCAAGCCGUUGAUCCGAACAGCUAUGAGGUGCUGAGUGAAGAACUGCUCGGUGAUGGUGGCAAUGGCAAUUAUACAGGUCGCAACCCAUACCUCACCGGUGCCUCCGCAGAUACCAAGGCGGCGACGAUUUGGUGUUUUACCUCGGAUAGCGAGGUCACGUGGCAAGAGUGUCAACCCAUUGGCGUUUUGCGCCCCGCCUGCCGCAAUGGCUUUGCUGUCCCUGAUGAGACCGUUCGACAAAUCCUGGAGUAUGCGGCCUACACGAGUUGGGUGAUCGGUGCAUUGUACCUGUUUUUGAUCCUUUGCUUCUGCAGCCGCAUUCGCGAAGCCAUCGCCAUCAACAAAGUGGCCGCCAUCUUCGUCGCAGGCAACCCCACGCUGCUGCUGGUGCCGUUGAUUCAGGCCGUCCUGGCGGUUCUCUGGGUGGGCAGCUGGGUCUUUUUCGCCUCCUUCCUGCUGUCGCAAGUGCCUGAAGAUUACACGCCCUCAGGAACUUUCGCGACGUAUGCGGAGGCCUAUGGCACAGCGACCACUCCGGGCCAAUGCACUGACAAAUGGCCCACAGGCUUUACAUACAAGGACGAUGACAACUGCGAGAUCGUGAACGGCACGGCGCAGUGUUGGAGGUGUGCGCAGCCGCGCUACGCAUUCGACUAUCGCUUUGCCGCCUCAUUUUUUAUGUUACUCUGGAACAACGCCUUCAACAUCGCCUGUGGUCAAUUCAUCGUUGCCGGUGCUGCAGCAGCGUGGUUCUUUACUCCCAAUUCGGAGAAAGGCCGAAGAGGAUCUACUCGACAGGCAGUAUGGUGGGCCGUACGCUAUCAUUUGGGUUCGCUGGCCUUUGGUUCUUUCAUCAUUGCCGUGGUGGCAUUCAUCAGAUAUUGCUUGCUCUACUUGCAAAAGCAGGCUGAAGCCCAGAAGAACCGCGUGAUGGUGAUGAUCUUGAGGAUUACUCGUUGCUGUCUCUGGUGCUUGGAAAACUUCCUGAAGUUCAUCAACAAGAAUGCAUACAUCCAGAUUGCCAUCAAUGGCCACAACUUCUGCACUGCCGCCAAGAAGGCGUUCUUUCUGAUCCUCAACAAUGCUCUACGCUUUGGCGCGGUGGCAUUAUUGGGAUCCGUUAUCAACUUCGUAGGGUAUGUUUUCAUCAUUGCUGCAACGGUGGGUCUUGGCUAUUUGUACUUGCUGGGCAUGCACCCUGAAGCUUUGCCAAUCUUUCCCAUCAUCUCAUACGUGGUCUGUGGCUAUGUGGUCUCCCGCUUGACGCUGAACGUCUUUGGAUUGGCAGUUUCGACCUUUCAGCAGUGCUUCCUGUUGUGCGAGGAAGAAAAGGACAAGAUCGAAGGUCAUCACGACUUCGUUCCCACGCAGAUGCUGCGAAUUCUGCAGCUGAAGCCCAUUGAGAAUCAGAACACGGCAGAUUUGGACAAGGAGUUUUUUCAAUGGCGAUGGCUAUGGGGAUUGGUCAAGAUGGGUUAA